AAAUCAUUUUGGAAUAAAUAUGAGUGCGGAGACUCUGCUAGUCGUCAAUGUUUCAGAGUCCGAUCGAUCAUCGUUGUCGUCUCCACUCUUGUUGAAAUUGUAGUUUUCUGUUUUUUCUGUUACAAGCCACAUCAAGUCAUUUUUAUAAAGAUGGAUCGCCAAUCCGCUGCUGAUGCUAAUCGAACAAAUCAAUGUAAUAAAGAUCACUCUAAAACUGGUCCGGGGAGACCACAUGGCUACCAGGGAAAGGGUGACAAAGCCGACCUGGACAACCGCGCGCAACAGAAGGAUCCUAACUACAAAGGUAGCGGUAAUACAAAAUGAAGAGUUACAUACAAUGGACUCAUAAACAUUUUAUUCUAUGAUUAAAAAUAAAUCAACAAUCAUUAUACAUUUA